AUGCACCUGUUGCAUGGCGUUCCCACACCUGCUUCUGCACAGUGUGGUGUGCCCAUGACGAUGUCACACAUCCAGGGCCUUUUUCUGACAAAAGCCAAACGUUAUCAUUAUCAAGAAAUGUUACAUGGCAUCAUAGGAGAUGACUCUCAAAGAUUUGUUCAUGGUAUCAGGGUGGCCAUAUUUAUUGAACUGAUGCUGUGCUGUCUCUCUAGUACUUUGAAUGAUAUUCAGCCUGUGUAUGGUGAGGAGCAGCAGUAUUCCUGCGAUGAGUGUGGUGAUUCAUUCAGUCAGCAACUAAUCCUGAGAGCACAUCAGCGCAUACAUAGUGGGGAGCAACCUUUUGUAUGUAAUGUAUCUAAUAAGUCAUUCGGUGUUCAGAGUACACUGAAGACACAUCAGCGCAUACAUACGGGGGAGCGGCGAUUUUUAUGUGAUGUGUGUAAUAAGUCAUUCAAUGAUCAGGGUUCACUGAAGCGACAUCAAUGCAUACACACUGGUGAGCGGCCCUUUGUGUGUGAUGUGUGUAAUGAGUCUUUCAGUGAUCACAGUACACUGAAGACACAUCAUCGCAUACAUACUGGGGAGCGGCCAUUUGUUUGUGAUGUAUGUGGUAAGACAUUCAGGAUUGAGGGUGCACUGAAGAGACACAAGCGCAUUCAUACUGGGGAGCGGCCAUUUGUAUGUGAUGUAUGUAAUAAGUCAUUCAGUGAUCAGAGUCAUCUGAAGACACAUCAGCGCAUGCAUACUGGGCAGCGGCCAUUUUCGUGUGAUGUAUGUAAUAAGUCAUUUCAUCAGCAGGGUACACUGAAGACACAUCAGCGCAUACAUACUGGGGAGCGACCAUAUGUAUGUGAUGUAUGUAAUAAGUCAUUCAGUGUUCAGGCUUCGCUGAAGAGACAUCACCGCAUACAUACGGGGGAGCGGCCUUUCGUAUGUGAUAUAUGUAAUAAGGGAUUCAGUGAUCAGAGUCACAUGAAGACACAUCAGCGCAUACAUACUGGGGAGCGACCAUAUGUAUGUGAUGUAUGUAAUAAGUCAUUCAGUGUUCAGGCUUCGCUGAAGAGACAUCACCGCAUACAUACGGGGGAGCGGCCUUUCGUAUGUGAUAUAUGUAAUAAGGGAUUCAGUGAUCAGAGUCACAUGAAGGCACAUCAGCGCAUACAUACUGGGGAGCGGCCAUUUGUAUGUGAUGUAUGUAAUAAGUCAUACCGGAUUCAGGGUUCACUGAAGACACAUCACCGCAUACAUACUGGGGAGCAGCCAUUUGUGUGUGAGGUAUGUAAUAAGGCUUUCAGAGAUCAGAGUCACCUGAAAACACAUCAGGGCAUACAUGUUGACAUGUGCAGUAAAUCAUAGAGCAGUAGAGUUGGGUUUAGACUAAAGGAACAAUAUGUAAUUUGUAGCAUUCUGCAGUAUUUAAUGUUGUAAAUAAGACAGUUCUGCUGUCUGUUGCAUGCUACAAGAUUGUUGUUGCUAACCUUUCCAACUGACAAGAAAUGAACUGAGUUCGUUGGUACAGAAGUCAAUGCAUGUCAAUAUCUGUUUAAUUCUGACUGCUGAAUGUGCACAAAACCCUGUCUUGUGUGGAAACAGACAUGACAUGACAUGACAUGUCAAUCUCCUUACAGUUAUGAUGGUAAUCAACAGUAGAAGCUAGUGAUUAUUAGGAUUUAGUCACUGAAACUGAUGGCAGCUCAUAAACGUAAUUGUGCAACUUCAUUUGUUUUGUGCUCUGUGUUAUCUGUGCUCUCCCUCCAUCUUCUGUGAGUAAAUUCUUUGAUCAGUUAGUUACAGUUUUAUGUAUAUGAUUUGGAUUGAAUAUAUUUUGAUGGCUAUUAUGGAUUGGUCAGAUGAAUACAAACUAUGCUGUAUUGGUUUUUGCAGACAAAAUAUCUUAUUGUUUGAUACUUGGUAUUACGAUUAUAAAAAGGAAGUUAAAUAAAGAUGUGUUGAUUCUGUUUGAGGAGAAAUAAAAUAGUAGAGUGAAUGUAA